AUGACUGAAGAGGGCGGGGACGCUGAACAGCCCAUGGCCAGCAUGUUCAUCGAACUCUGUCAGCUGACUGAUGGGGUACCUUGGACUUUGCGAGGACAGCAAGAACCUACAAGUGGGCCGAAGCGCUACUGGCAUGAACGCUACCGCUGGGUGGAAAUGGAGGAGGCCUUCGACACUGCUGUCGGCGAAUUUUCACCGCCAGAGGUGCCAAACUUCACCUAUGAGGAAAUCAAUGUCUUCAAAAGCCGAGUAAAGAAAGGUGAGGCUGAAGGUGCUCUUGUCCUUCUGAGAGCCGGGGUCAGAGUAGUUGGCUAUUCAGCAGGAUUGAAAUUGGCUGCAUGUUAGAGGUAACUGGAUACGAGCACACUCAUAACUAUCGGGUCGAUAAAAACUAGGACCUUGAUGACAAGUCCAGCAGUUCGCAUACGAGUGGUCACCGGAAUUGUACGCUAAUAACUUGUACUGGCGCGGGGUUGUUUGCUGUACCAGAUCGCUUGAAGCUCUUCAUUAACUUCCAUAUUAUGUUGCAUAUCGAUAGACUGUGCUAUAACGGUAAAGGUAACUCUCGUUUACCCUAGUCCCUCAAAUUUACACUGGAGAUUCCGUUGCCAUGCUCAUGUAGGAACACUCAAUUGCACCAGUGAGGUUACCCGCUGCACAAUCGUCUGAAAUGGUAUGCCCUCAUUGCCGUGAUAUAAAAAGGGGGUAAAAAGUUCGCAAAACAACUGGAGACUCGUUUUCGAUAGUGUCAGGUACGAUCUUCAAAACGCUGUCGUCUGAGAACCUCACCAUUUUCGCCUCAUCCACAUAGUAUUCGAAUGAGCACUUGCUGCGUUUCAACUGCUAGUGGGUUGGUUUGCCGUGGGUGAAAACAACACCCCGUUUUCAUGGAACGUUUUGGCUAUCCAGAUUCACGAAAAAGUCUUUCUAGCAGAAUUUCCGUUUAUAUGAAGGUGUCUGAUUGAAAAUAGCAUUUGUAAGCAAAGUAUACAACGAGCGCGGUUAAGAGGAACAUUUUCAUGCCCUCUGUGCAAGUCAUUUUUGAAAAUAAUUUUUGUCUGAGGUAAAAUUCGAUACCAGGUAGCCCAGAAGACUCCACAAACUCCCGCACUAAGAAGUACUUUGACAGUGUGUGUCAGAGCAAAGCCGAUGGCAUACUUCUGCUCCAACCCCUCGCAACUAAGCAGGGAACUGCGGUGUUGACACUCGUUUAGACAUACCUGCUCGUACAAAUGAUGUGACCUGAUAGGACAGUUCAACCGUCGUUGCGGACGAUGUCUGCCAUGUGUUCCAAAACAAGGUGAAGCAGGUACGGUAACUUGCGCGUGAUUUAGUUUAUGGUGAAUGUGGACUUGCGCAGCAUCUACCUCACUCUCUCCUUCCUCACCUGGACCUGGUGUGAAGACAGAGACAAGAAGACUGGAGCCGGGGGGAGGGGGGAGGGCGCAGGCGUGUGACCUGAUACACUGUGGUCUAUACCGGUAUGCUGUCAUUGAGACUGAAUUCAGAGAGACGAAAAGCCACAAACAUACUGCAAAUGCCCAAGUGAGGUUUGCAAAAACUUACGUAUUGAAAAGCUCACAGGUUUCGUUUUGUCUAACUGAUAGUUAAACAAGCAGUCUUUUGACGAUAAAUCACGCUCUUUUUCAUUAAACAUUCUGAAUACCCAGACUCCCCAAAGAAUCUGUCCACAUGAAUCGUCUCUCAUACGAUGGCAUGUGAUGAACGAAUUAUUUUCGCAAGUUAAGAUGAAAAAGAGUCGCCGUUAUAAGAUAGUUGGUACGUCGCACGAGGAAGUCCUUUUUGAAGAUAUUUCACGUAACUCGGCCAUUUGCCCGACCUCUUAUUGGCAGACUAUUCUGGUCAUCAAUGAACUAUGUUAAAAAAUAUGCCAUGUUUGCAGUCACGUUUAAGAGGUAAUUCUUCAGGGAAGAUGAGCCUUAUGCAACUCUGUCUUAAUAAGCCGCCUGGUAACUGGGUUUAGUCAGUCGGAAACGUUCUAAAUUUCUGAAAUGCACUGCUUGCCAAAACUUUUAGGAUGCUCUUUAAAAUGAAUUGUCCGGAAAAAGCGAAUUGUUGGGUGCCUACUUGGUAGAAAAUUUUCAUUGACGUCUGAUGCCUGCCUGACACUUUAAUUACUCCUUUAUUAGAGUCCUGUAUUACUUCUAGCAGAGAAAAUUGGGCGAGGUUUGGUCCUGCAGCCCUACCUGACUUAUACAAUAUUGGAUAGCUUUCUAAAAAACCUUAGUAUAUGCAAAUAUGCCGACUUUACAAAUAUCACGUAUUUGCAUUUUCCUUACCAUUUUAAUCCACAGUGUGUCUGUGCCACUGGGGUAGGAGUGCUUAUAUGCCAGCCUCGGUUACUUCAGGUAUCAGUUCAUACGCCCUUCAUUUCGUCUGCUUCGAGCCCUGCUUGCCCUAUAUUUACUAUCCUAAUCCAGCGAAUUACCACGCGGUUCCGUCCGUGGCUUUCCAGUUGCGAUGGCGCUCUCCUUACCCUCUCAAUCCAGCGAGCGGCUGUGUCGCGGGGAGUGUGUGUACACCCUACCUUCACUCGCUUCCCAGCGCGUGUUUCGAGCUCUGCUUGCGCUCUCCUUUCCUUCCUAAUCCAUCAGGUUAGGUAUGUUAUGUUAGCAAGUUAACCUUACGGUAUCAAUCAAGUGGGGCUGCAAAACCAAAAGUUGCCGAAAAUUGUAGCUGAAGCGGUGUGGAGAAAUGACGCUAGCUCACAAGUUGCGGCUCAAUUGACGAGAUCCGACCACACAUUCAACUUUGACGAGGCCGAAAUUCUCGCAAGAAGUGACAGCCGCAUGAGCCGGGAACUGUUUGAGUCAUGGGUUACUGGCCCCCAGUCCAUUAAGAAGUGCAAUGAUCUUCCCAUUAUAUACUCGGUGCUGAGACUUCGUCUAGGCGGAGUAAUUGGCCACGCGGGUAGCGCACAGGUGAACACUUCUCCCAACACCAGGGUCAGCGCGUCAGAUGGUCGAACAAUCAUCACACCAAGAUCCAAAACACGUGAUGAAAUUGCAGCAAUUAACGGCGCGAAUGUCGGUCCUCAAACGAUCAUCACGCCACGUGCAACGAUCGCGGAUGAAGGGGGGAGGGAGCCGUGAAUAUUCAUAGGUAUGCGGUAGCAUGGCGACUGCAUCCUAUAAAUACUGCAGCCCCUUGUGCAUGAACCACCCGUAUCUGCCUUUGUCUCUGUUGAUGGGUUCGAGAAGGAAUCCGAAACGUCAGGCUAAUAAAGCUCUUGUCCCAGCGAUCGUAUUUCCUUCUUCAAGAUUGUAGGGGAAGUUAUUUCGCUCGAGGUGGUGGUUAGUGCAGAGCUCGGAAUUCCUAUCAGAAUCAGAUUUCUUCAAAAAUGCUUUUGUAACAGCUGAGUUCGUAAGAAAUGGACGAGCUGAUAAUUUCACGGAGGAUGUCGGGGUAAGCAUGCGCCCAUUAGACGCAAGCAGGGAAGGAGUCAGAUCCUAAAAUUAGUGGGAGUACUCUAACGUCCGGCAAUGGCGAAGAAGUGUAGGCAUGGUUGCCAUAGAACGUGACAUGUGUCAACCGCAUGGAGAGAGCGAAACGAAGAACGUGCAUUUACUUCGGGUGAGUUCUGGCUUUACCUUAUUCCUGCACAGCAUGGAAGUGGUUGACGCCCGAUUACAGUCAAGACCAUUGAACAAACGGGCAGCUGAAUAGGUAUUUCUGCCCCCGAGGACUAUCUCCAUCUGAAACCCCAUAAACGAACGGAUUGAGAACUCGACAGCGUCCAGAGAACUUCCCAGUAGUAGGCUUCUUCAUUCGCAUGGGAGCAUGACAGGAAGUAGGGCAGGAUAAGAACGUCGACAUUCGUUCGAACUGUAAGUUAUGACCAUGUGGGGGUCAAGGAUGGUAAAUAAACUUCAAUUACACGCCACAAUUUCGUCCCGUCUAAGAUCACAUUAUUUCGUCUAAGAUCAGAAGUCAAGGGGCCGUGAGAACCAGCUCGUUCUGUACACAGUGCAGGCUGCCGUCAGUUGGCUAUUUGCUUGUUUGUCAGAGCAAGCGUCCGCCUGAGAGAGCGUAAGUCGCGGUGUAUUGUUUACACAGGUGUCACAUGAUCAUGCCAGCAUGAGGGAAAGCCAAGCUAAGUGUUGGGCAUGUGAUUGGUUGGUUUAGGGGCGGAGUCGGAGCGGGGGGGGGCGUGAUCACAAAGCUCACGGGAUGGCGAAAGUUUGUGGGUGCAGCCGUGACCCGUUGCAACUGAACGAGAGACACCCCAGGUCAGGCCUAGGGGUGGCCGCCUGCGGGUCAGCGCGGCUGUCACGGCCAUCGGUUGACAAAGCGGCGCCGUGUAAGGGGCCAUUGGAGCGGCCGCUACAAUCACAUAGCCUCCCAGUAUUUAGAUCGUUCGAGCCUCGGACACAACGGGGUCCACCACUGCUGUACGAAGCGGGUCCAGAAAUGACUUGUGUGUGUGUUUGUUUGAGGUGAAGCGGAUUUCCGGUGCACCUACCCCAUCUUCCCUCUCUUUCCGCAUCCACCCUACUCCAAUGGCAGGAUGUUCGUGCGACCGGUGAUGUGUUCUGGUGUCAGUUUGCAUUUGCAAGAAAAGACCUAGGUCCUAACUUCACACUUACCUUGCUAAAUUCAAGGGGUGUCUCGGAACUGAAGCCGGUGAGAACGUCUCGCAGCCCCCCCCCCGGUUGCAUCGAGUCACCUUGCUGGUUGACAGCCAUUUAAGUCACGACUGUCAGAGUGUCACGGUAGGUAGAAGCAGGCUACAUCCUCACAUAACCCCCUCUCCUUACUCCCCCCCCCCAUCUCUCCUUGUCAGACCUCAGGGUAUGCAAGCAUCUGCCUGGCGCACGCUGGUACCAAAUUACCUGCCAGUAGAUGUACUUACGCUCCCACUGGGAAUGCAGGUCGUGAGCAUGGCUGCCCAGUCGCCUUCGUCGUCCUUCUGACACGUUGUGGUGCUGUUGUUGUUGGUUAAAGUCCUGGCCAGGCGUUUGUUGCAGACCAGGUGAUGUGGAGUGGUACGCCUAGGUGCGGGUUCGGCUGUGUCAGUCACCUGCGCUCUCUCUCGCUCACCUCCGGUCUUCGAGACCAUGUCUUGAGACCGGGCUCAGGCAGGGGAGGAGAGAGUGUAGUGGGUGUUGCGCAAGUCUACUCUAACUAUAAACUAAUUCACGCGCAAGUAGCCGUGCCGGUCUCACCUUGCUGUGGAGCGCAUGGUGGACAUUGUUGGGCACGACGGUCGUAGUGUCGAGUCAAACCACAUACACGGAGAAAGGGGGACCUUCGACGGCAAGCGAUGCACCAAGGUAGACGAGUUUUGAGGUAGGCUGCUCUGGUAUGCUCUGCACACUCCCGUAUACCUUAAAUGGACGUCUAAAUCCUUCAGAGGCUUUAAUUGUAGCCUUCUGUCGCUGUUUUAGGUCAUUCGGAUGCACUGAAAAUUACAGUUUAUGUGCUAUAUCAAGAAAAUGUGAUCGAAAUUCUAAAAUGCGGUUUCGAUUCGAAAAGAUCACUUAGGUAGGGUUGUAAUAUUAAUUGUCAUGUAGCAUAAAACCAAAGUAGUGUAGUCACGUCAGGACGCUGAAUUCUGGCCGUUUGCGUAAACGACAUUUAAUAAAAAAUGACUUCUAAGAAACAUGAAUUUUUCCCAUUGAUUCCUGAUGUCCUUCCGAAUUUAAAUAGAUUUUAUAGAAAACAUGUACAAAACAUGGUUUCUUUUACCAAUUUGGUAGCAACUUAAGUCCUUCAAAUGUUCUACCUGAAGAAGGAGUAUCUUUCGCGUUUAGAAAGAUUUUAAUUAUGGGACUUUUUAAGAACUUGAAAUGUCCAAUCGGACAGCCUCAUACCAGCACAUUUAUUCAUGUUGCUUAUAGAGUGGGCAACACGGUUCAUAUCCAUUACGACAAUUUCUGAGUCCUGCAUGUCCUCCUUAUAGUGGCGUAUAGAAGUAUAUCAAUUUUUCUGCACGAAAAGUAUGCAAUUUGUAGGUCGGAAGCCCUGAAGGGCAGGUGGGGUCCAACAUUGUUCGGGAGUUAAGAAAGAUUUAAAAUCGAAUGAUGUUCUCCCUUUAAGUACAAAACUUGAAGAAGACGUAAUUUUCUAUCAAAUUUUUAAAAUAAAAAUAUUUUUGGUGGGUGUUUUCUAUUAAACAUAUUCGAAGGCUAGAUCGCAGUUGGUAGCCAGGCCCCGACGAGGGGGUUGUUUACUGGGGCUAUUUUGUGGGGCUCCAUAAUCGUAUCUGACCAAUUUGGCUUCCGUUUUACGUUUGAGGUAAGGAUUAGGGUACCGGUUAAUGGUUUCCGAUUUUCGGGUUAGGGUUAUGCCUUCAGGCCUAGGUUUUUCUGGUAACGGUUAGGGUUUGAGCGUGCGAUUAGGUUGCAGUAUUACGGUUAGUUUUUUCAGUUACGGCUAUGUCUAAGGGCCGCGGUUACGUUUACGAUUUCGGUUAGAGUUAGGAUUGCCGUUAGGGUUAACGGUUGAUGUUUAAGUUUGCGGUUAGGGUUAAGGUUAGGAUUAGGGUUAAGGUCGCCAUCCGCUUCCCCAUUGCUGGCUACCAACUGCGACCUAGCCUAUUCGAAUUUUUAAGGGUACCAAAAAUUAGUGGUAAAAAUCCUUUCUACAUAAGUAGCCAUUUUUAAAGAAUAUGAUUUAUGCAGGCGGUUGAUAAGAAGCUCAUUCGAAAGCCGACAUCCUGACAUGACUGGAAUAUCUUAAACCUUUGAUGCAUAGGACUUAUUAUUGCAACUUGCAAUUAGUGAUUGCUCCUUUUCGACUAGCUGGCAGCUGUCUGUAAUUAUGUACAAAAUCUCUGUUUCAACUUUCCAUUGACCAGUGUUUUUCUCCAAUGACUUGCAACCAAUAGGGAUUUCGAAGGCGCUCGUCUAUAUUUCCCUUAGUAAAAAUGGACUGAACUGAAGUAAUCUUUUGGAACUGCAAGCGUAUUUGAGAAUUUCAGUCAACAUUUCAUGAGGUAGUAAAUCCACUGUAGUGUGAAUGACCAUAAACGAAGACAACCAAUAACUGACAUUCUCGUUAAAUUUCAUCUAACCCCGUGGGUGCUACCGUUCUAGUUGUUCAAUGUGGCGGAUGACAGCACCAUCCGCAUUUAGGUGACCAUCUAAGGUAAUGAAAACAACUGACACGACUGGCCAGAGUGGCAGCCUUCGCGUGACAGCCGUGGCAUUCGCUUCCCUAUUUCUCCACGUCUACUGCUUCUGAACGACAGAAGGAAGUAAGGACGUAGGUGUAGGCGCAAUGGUUGACUUACUCUGACCUCGCCUCUUUAUCUGUUCGGUCCCUCAGUACACGCCACCCGGGCUUCAAAAUCAGAAUAUCAGAAUGCUGAGUCUACAAAAAGACCACAAGAAAGAGAUGCUGUUCCGGGCUGACUCGCAGUUUGGAGAACUGCUUAUCCCAUCAGAUGACGACUUUCCAAGCCAAGACAGGCUUAGACACCUGCCAGGUUUAUCAGACAAACACGGGGGUAGCUUCUCACCUCCUUCCUCUUCCCGCUGGCAAGUUGUCGUCUGAUAGUUCGACAGUCGAUUUCGACGAUGGCCACCGUGUGUUUCACAGUAGAGUGCGAGCAGACUUGCGCAUGAGCUAGUUUAAAGUUAGAGCAAACUUGCGCUGCAUCUAUCGCACUCUCUCCUCGUUCCCCACCUGUAUCCUGUGCCAAGGCAGAGUCAAGAAGGCCGGAGGCGGAAAGGACACAGAGGGCUGGAGCGGCCGGUUCCGCGCCUAGGCGAGCGCCAUAGAAGCAAAAGUACUGUUUUUGAAAUACUAGGUCGUCGUCCACUGUCUGUCACGCACCUCAUGCAGUUUUAAAACCACACAGAGAGCGCAUGUAUUAACGGAUGACUCCUAAGCUUCCGUCUGAAGUUUUCCAACGAUUCUGAUAAACAGUAUUAUAUUCGCAGCAGAUGUUUAUGCAUAUAUAUCAAACAGAUGGAAAAUAUGCUGAUGCUAAAUGCUAUUUCAAGGAUAGAUAAACACUUCAAGCCCUUUCCUUUGUCGCAGACCUUGUUUUCCAGUUGUCUCACAAGCACACAAUUGAGGCCGUCUUUGAACACCUCCCCAAUAUCUCUACAGCGGCAGAAACAAUUCAAAGAUCAGACACGGAAACCUAUACGGACUCUGGCUAUUUCAUUCCAUUUUUCCAUCCACAAGUAACAAACUCUGGCAAGAGUCCCAUAGGAAUGCCACGUAAGUUACAUUGUAGAUUUAAACGUCGACUAUAGCGUCCGCUGUAAAACCAGAAGGCAAUGGACUGGUUUACGUCCGGGGUCGCUUACUCCGGGGAGUAAUUGUGUUGAGGAAAAGAGACGAACAACCAGGAAACUUUUGGCAUCACAAAUGCUGAUCUGCCAUACUGUCGCCAACCAAAAGGGGGCAUUAUUUUAACCAUAUAAUGAUAAUAAAAAAUAUAUUUAGUGUCCAUUUGGAGGCAUUGUCAAAGAGGCCCUGCAUUGUCGUACUUUUACUCCGCUAAAUACGUUAGGGCUUCUUAACCAACCUAACGCUGCAGCCACCCAGAGAUCUUUUCAUUCCUUUCUCUGGCACCUACAAAUAAAUAUCGCCUGUCACUUACUUUUAGCACAGUUACUCCGCGAAGUACGUGACCCCCCGCGAAAACCAUACCUUACCAAACAAGAAUGCCGACAUUAUUUCACGAAGCAAAUGAAAGAAUCCUUGAGCUCUGCAGUCCGGCUAUUCUUGAGCUGGCGCAUACACGCACUGAUCUGUCAGACAGAUAGGCUAGCUGAGAUCAGCGAGUAAACAGUUUGGUCUAAAGAAUCGUCGCCUAAUUGAGCGUAACUUCUUAAUUCAUUCAUAUUUCCAAUAAUCAAGCAGACUAGACGUCCACUGAAGUUGUUUGUUACGACCUCCUAACUUGUUGACUGAACUCAAAUCAUGCCCUUGCCGUCGUGGAUUGGAAUCCCUUCAAGGUCGCUGAUUUUCUCACAUGUGGAUCCAAUGAAUUACUCAAAUCUCCAAAAAUACCAAUUAAUUAAGUGAGCCCGGUAGAUUCUCGGACCGAUUGCUUAGGAAAUCCUGCUAGGACAGUCAGCUUACUGUAUCAAAAUUGGUUAUUCCUAUACGUUGCAGUAGGCUGAACGCGUAUCCUGACCCAAAUGGGAUUAAACACACGGCUCCCAGUGGAGCCUUGGAGCUCAGGUGUUUAUAGCGCUGGCUGUACUCAAGUCAUGCUCUUGAUCUCGUGAGUUCGAAUCCCACCAAGACCGGAUUAAGUGAAUGAGUUUACUGGAAUGUCCUAGAGGCGACUAACUUUGAGAUGACGUGCCAUACCUUGCUAACUACUGGAUUUCACGAGGAGUGCCAGUUUCCGCCCGACUAUCCACGUAAGAGGAACAAAGUCUCCGAUAGCCGGCAUGGCGGCUAUUUUUACAUGCAACUAAAUCAGUAUACUCAGCAAGAUUUUUUGCUUGGAAAGCUGGGCUACUUUUCACAAUGAUCUCUCUGAGGCGGUAAACCGAAAAGAUGAAGACUGUACGUGAGAAUAUUCUUGCUUACUGAAAUGCAGUCAAAGAUUCGUUGAUUUGACACAAAAUGAAGCACAACCUAACAGGUGGUGAGUGAUUGCGCGCAAAAAUUGCGCAAUCUCUCCGGUUAAACAAAGACAUUAAUUGCAGUGAGGAUACUGGAAGACAGUGGACAUCCGAUAAUAAUUACGAUCGCGAAUGAGACGUUUUAUUUCUGCGAAACUCUCAGUGAAGAGAAUGCGAGUUCUGGUUCGUCCGAUAGAUCACCCUCCUGAGUCUUUAGCCAUGUUCACAAACAUUUAGUGCUGGUAUCAGUCAAAUAGAUGUCCUCCGGCCGUCGUCAGAGUCUAGACACUGCUGAUGCCCAUUGCGAAUAUUGCAUACUACUGCGGAACAAGGUAAGACAUGGUAAUAGGGGCGCCUGCAAUAUAAGUAGUCUUGCGCUAAAUUUCAAGGAGAUUAUGAUUAAAGCUAUUGCCAGGCCAAAGGUUGGGGCUACGACUAUAAUUACGAUUGAGUUUAGCGUGAGGUUUAGACAUGGACUAGGUUUAAUGUUAGGGUUAGGGCACUUAAGUUUAUAGCAAGACUACCUGUCUUACCCUUAAAACAAACCAACGCCAAUUGUAAUUUUGCGAUGCCGUUUUGGGGGUCCCAGAAUUUGAAAAGUAACAUAUUAUGGAUAAAGUAGACAAAGUCGAGUAAUAAUGCCACAAAUGAAGUGUAGUUUACAGACUCAUAGUUGUUCUCAAUUAUGGGCUGGUUUUAAAAAAAGCGGUUAAUCUUGUAAAUUUAAACAAAUCUCCCAGCCGGGCUGUCAGUCGGGGGCAGGGUUGGAGGUUUUCUGGGAAUUUUAAAAAUAGUCAUUGAACAACUACAUUCGCGAACAUUGGCGCCUCAUUUUGACCGAAUGUACUUUUUAUUUGAUUAAAGGUUAGAUCCACAUGACCGACUAGGACGACUAUUUCUGCCAUAUUCCCGUUCAUCAGUCGAGUCUAAACCGACCUCUUGUUACGUUAAACGACACGCUUCUAUUUUACACAGCAAUCCUGUGGAACACAUGAACUUCAUCCACCAAGAAAGUCUUAUCUAUCCUGUCUCCAUAGUUUGCAUAGACAGAUAUGAGCACUGACACAACAGUCUUAUUUUUGCUAUCUGAUUUAUCGACCUCUUUGCACUGAUAUUUUUUUGAACUUCAGAUGAGGAGAGUCAAAUCUCCGAGGUAAGAAGAUUGUUUAAAUACUGUGCCCACUUCUUUGCUAUCAAUAAAGCCAUAAGAAACAUAUACAUUUAUUCAUAUGUAUAUACAUUUAUAUAACGUUUGCUAUUUUAAUGGUCACCCAAAAAUGGCAACUUAAUGCAGAGAAAUGUCCGGAGAACAAAGGCCCCAAGACUACUUGCGUCAGCUGUCGUCCAAAUUCUCAGACAAAUAGGGUGUGCGACAAUAAGUAUUCGAAACUGUUUGCUGAACGGGAUGUUUGUCUGAAGUGUGCUCGCAAGCUACAUAGGUUCUUGUGUACAAAACGUAACAAACGUCGCAACCUCUAUGGACUGGAUCAAGGUCGUGGAGUUGAACUGGCGAAAUAGCAGGGCAAUAAAUAGUUCCCUUGGAAGUAGCAUUAUCACUAGCGGGGAAGGAAGGGAGCUUGAAGAGUAGGUUGAAAAUGCAAGCAAUGCCGUGUAUGAGAUAGAGAGAGAGGAGUAAGCACGUAUCCUCCAAACGUUUCGACCCAACGCCUCCCAUCUACCGUGAAUAAAUAUGGGUACCAAAAAAUAAACGGCACCAGGGGCUAUAAAUGGGAUACAUCAGCUGCAAACUGCGGGUUGAUUGCUAAAGUAGUGUUUCGGGCUUAUUUUGCCCUCAUUCAGCCAAUCAUAACCCUGACCAGCAGGUGGGGCCAGAGACACAGACAUGCGUACAGACACACCUGAUGCAGUUGGUCCACCAAUGGGGUCUACCAGACGGAUUAUAAGCACUUCAUCAGCACCUGCAUCAGCUUUUGUCCAAAUUCACAGGCGAAUAGGGAGCACCACACUGGGCAAUCGAUACUGUUUGUUGAACGGGAUGUUUAUCUGCGGUAUACCCGCAUGCUACAUAGGCUCUUUUAUACAAACCGCAACAUGCGUCGCAGUCUCAAUGUACUGGGUCAAAGUUCUCAGUUCAAGGCCACGAAGUCCAAACGGUUAAGUAGCGGGGUAAUAAGUAGAUUUCCUGAAAGUUGCUUACCCCUAGAGGCACAACAAAGAGGCUUAAAAGGUAGUUUGCCAGCAAGCAAGGUCCAAAAUGCAAGCGAUAUCGUGUGUGAGACAGAGAGAGAAGAAGACAUUAUUGUAAAAUAUCUUCCAGAAUUUUCGGCAUAACGCCUCCCAUUUACCGUGGACAAAUAUAGGUACCCAAAAUGAAUACCAUUGGAGGUUUACACAUGGGACACAUCGGCCUUUAACUGCAACUGCCAGCACUAUUAAUAUUCGUCGGCGAAUAUGGUGCAACAUUUGCAUCAAAUUGCAUUUCCUUCGGAACAAUGUUAACGUAGUAUAUAUAUGACCUCUUAAUUGUAAUUCAAACAAACGAAGAGAUGUAAAAUAAGUACAAAUUCCACGUAAAUGGAGGGAUAAAAAAUUAGCGGCUUAAAUUCGAAAAAUCAGGUGGGGGGCACCAGAAGUAAACGCAUUCGUGUGUACAUAAGUAGAAAUGACUGCAUAAUUGAAAAUACAGUGAGUGACAUGAUCUGCCACUAACUGAGCAGAAGAAAGCAUAUUUUGUACACGUUUUCUACAAAUUAAUUUAAAUUUAUAUGGUCACCGAAAAUCAGUGCGAAAAAUUCAUGCUACGCAAGUAGUCAUUUUUACCGAGUGUUGUUUCUGCAGGCGAUCGAAAAGAAAUGCAUUUAAAAGCCGGCAUCAAACCAAGUCCGAAAUAUUACUGGAUUAUACCGCAGAAUAAUCAAUAUUACAACCCCAACUAAAUAAUCCUCCCAAAUCGAAAACGUACUUCAGAAUUUCGGCCAACACUUCAUGAGAUCGGUCACUCACUGUAAGUAGAAAUGACUGCAUAACCGACGUUUUAACGCGGUAAAUGAAAUGCUUGCAGUUGAAUUUGCAGAAGUUUACAAUUCAGAGUGGCCCUUUUGGUAAUGUUGUUAAUUGAACAAUAUUUCUUAAAGGCUUGGAGAGCCACAUCGUUUACUGGCGCGAUAUCGCAAAUCGCGAAAACAGAUUAGCAGAAAGCUGAUGAAAGGAAACCCUAGGAGCAGCCAUGAGAAAUCCAUGAACUAGGUGUGUACUACUUCGUCUAAUUGCUAUCUUAAGCGUGUAGUAAAGAAUUCGUUCCUGUAUACGCCUGUGACGCUUCUAGAUCAGAAAGACAAAUUGACGACCAACCACGGCUGGGCCACUGCAGCGCUGGUUUUGAAAAGUACCUUGCUUUUAAACACACGAAGGUCACAGACCUUCGUAUUCACAAACCUAAGCAGUACAGAUAAGACAAAUCAUCGAAGGCUUUACCUCCGUCGAACUUUGGCGCAGAAGCAUUAGAGGAACAGGAUAGGAUACGAGCAUCACACGGCCGGUCAGACAUUUGGAAACUUGAGUUUCGAUUUCAUAGGCUCGUUCAUCAUAAAGCUCCAAAUUUACUGGUUGCCGAUAAAUUGGACUAGCAUAUGAUGCCAAUGAAACGUAGUUAAAGAAAAUACCGCCACGCUUUUGUCAAAAAACAAAGUCGAUAUACCUUGAAUGAGUGUAUUUGACCUGGCUUUUGUACUGGCGUCAAAAUGCUCCACCGCAAAUUCCUACACAUCUUUACAACAGCGAAUCAAGACGAUGGUCGGAUUUCAAAACGACGAUAUCCAUAGCAGCCACUAUAGACUUCGAUAAAAGCCCUUAUUUUAGUGAGGAGAUGACUUUUGUUAAUUAAUACAAGUUUCUGUGUAUCCCACCCUCAUUUUACCGUAAUUUCAUGUGACUACAGAUUUCGGUGAACAGGGAGCUUACCAGAUGUCUAGCACCGAAAUCCAAAUGUUGCUGUAUCCUUGUCGGAUUAACUCCCGAAGUGGAACGACCCAUCCUCCAGUUCGUGCGAAUAGAAACACCGAUAAGUCCAAAGGGGGUAGUCGAAGUUGAUUACCCUCUUGAAUUUAUUAUCAUUUCAACUACGCCACAUUCAGAGGCCGCCGAAUGGGCAGUUCAAAUUGGACGCAUAUUCGGAACAUUGCUAAUAGAUAAGGUAAGAAAAAAGUUAGAGUAAAGACUGUAGUUUUAUAUUACACGAUAAUUCCAAUAACACAUGUAUGUUCUGAUAGAAUUGCUGACGCGUGUUUCGUUGGCAUGCCAGAUUUAUAGUUUUCCUUCAAUGACUACGGCAGUUGACGUCCGAUCUGGUGGCCAUUGCAGAGUUUAUGCGUUUUAUGUUGAAAUGAACUGCUAGAAUUUUUGAAUUUCAUGCCGUUCCUUAUUUAAAGUAGUAAUUUCCCUACUUAACCAUUCUUCAUAGCCUUUUUACACCCUUCGCUCCGCCGAAGAUACAGUUGCAGCAAAUGAUUACGAGCAAGGGUCUGAUGCUAGCGUCUAGUGGUCAUUCUAGCGCCAUAUUAUUUUAGGGGUAAAAAUCAGAGUUCACAAAAACACUACGACCGAGACAAUUAACCAGAACCUGCACAAAAUAAUCGCGCUAUUUUUGGAGAAGGAGGCGUCCGCCGAAUCGUAGGAUGUCCUUGAAAUAUCUGUGAAGGCUUUGUAUUUUGCAAUGUGUUUAAUCAACUGCCAUAAAAGGUGGGUUCGGUAAUUUGUGUCUAUCAAAACCUUCGAAGUAAGAUAUAUUUAGAGGGCUUCUGGGCCACCUUUUUCGCCGCGAUCGCAGUCUCGGUCAUAUUUGUAAACUCGCAGAACGAGAGACACCAUUGCAGGCAUGAACUGAACGUGGACAACGUGGGCCCUGACUAUUUUCACUCUUUAAAAUGUGUCUUACUAUGGUACUUUGUUGACGACUGUCCAAGUACCGCAUUUUUCAAGUUAAAUUUGGUAAAAUAUUGAAAAGUUUGUUCCACUUUCAUAGGUCUCUAAACUUACUGAAAAUUAUUUCUAUUCCCUACCAAAGAACUCGGGUAUAACUUAGAAUGGGAACCAAUUUCGUUAUUUUACCUUUUUUAGACUUCGCUCCAAGACCCACUGAUUGACUCUACAAGUAUUAAGAUGUCGCUCAAAAUGUUAAUGCUUCGCUGAUUCCGUUUCUGGAUUACGAGUUGGCGGAAACCAAACGGCACAUAAGGCAUCUACUUUUGCUGUCAAGCAUUAAAAUCUACACUUGACAGUAAGCCUUUCCACGUUUAGUGGUAGAAUCUUUGCACGUAUGGGGGAACUAUGAGUACAUUAGAACAAAAACUUGCCUGUAUGCGGUAUUACGUCAUCUUAGGACAAAAUAUGGCAAGAUCUUAUUUCGUAACCGUAUGUGUUAGGCGUUGGAGUUAAGGGUUAGGGUUAUGAGUAAGAUGUUAGGGUUAGGGUUAGGUGUUAGGCCGAAACCCCUUUUACCAUUGGUCCCGCGAGACAGCCGGCUGGAGCCUGUCUACUGCAGGUACGGCUACGAAAUAAGACGCGACCCAAAAAUCUCAUUUGUUGCAAAUACCAAUUUUUGUAAUCAAAGUAUCUAUGUUUUUCUAAAAAAAUAGCAAGCUUGUUCGCAUUAUGUUUUGCUUCACAUACAGGUAAGGAGAGUUCAAUUUCAAAGUGAAUGACAAAUUGUUUGAUAAAAGUUUCCAGGUAAGAGUAGUGCCCUAACUUCACUAAACAUCCAUAGAUGAGCGAACUUUGUCCAGAACAGUCGUUAGCAUACGAAAUUGGUAAAGUGCAAUGUGGGGUUGAUUUAGUUCAAAUUGGUUAGAUGGUAGUUGGUAGCUCUCCCGGUGCAGAAAACCCCCAGCUACCUGUCUUACGGGACCGGUGGUAAUAGGGGAUAUGCGGGUGAGGCAGAUGAGUGGAGGCGUAAAUGGCGCUUGUAGGGUAUGCCUGGAAUUGACGUUCCUGGCAAAGUGGAAGCUUAAUUUAAAUAAGGUGAAAAAUGCAGGAGGGUAUAGAAAUAAGCAUGGAUAAUUAGUACGGUAUGCGGAAUAAAUGCAUCCUUGCCCCAGAUUGGAAAGAAUAGCAAGUGAAUGCGAACAAUCAAUAGGAAGAAGGCAGUGUGUCUUAAGGUCAUUCGGAAGUAUGUGCGAUAGAACUCUAACCGCCAGAAUGGACAUGAGAACACGAGAGUCAAGCAGCGGCACGCAGGACGGCAUAAAGCAAGCGGGAUAAGACUUAAAUGCGAAAAAUAUGUUUGGGCGAAAGAGAAAAGCUGCACAUAAUAAUGUAUUGUCACUGUGGCCACAUCUAGGAUGAAAACUAUGGCAGUAGUUGUUUCCUAUACGUGAAUGGUGUACUAUACAAUGUAAAGAGAAAGUAGCACUCUGUAUAUGAAGUUACAAUUUGUUCUGCUUGCAGAGCCCAGUCUCUUAGAAGGCGAAGGAAUGCUGGACCGCAAGUGGGCAGGCCGACAGAUUAUUCGCGGAUCCUGGAAAUAAUCCAGUCGUCCUACCUAGUGCAGUAUCUCCAGCAGAAAGGACUACUGACCUGUAGAAUCUUAUGUAGAUUCCGAAAGGUCAUGCCCUUACAAAUACUGCGACAGCACACGGAUGGUUAUGCCUUCAGGUUACAUCUGGGUACUGUGGUAUGCAGCCUAGGAUAGUACCUCUAAAAUGAAUCAGAUACAGAACACCGUGCGCGCAUGAAAUUAGAACCAUUAUUAGAAGCAUGAUGAAUCAUUAUCCGCCCAGGAUAAAUCUUUCGUCCUUUACUAAAGAUUUCCCUGUAGGAGUGCAAUACAAUGAGUCUAUAUAGACAUUUUUGCAGCGCCUCGUUCUCGGGGCGGUUAAAGUGAAGAAGAAAGUCAUCCUGACAGGGCUUCUGCGCGUGCACACCCAGACAUAAUGAGAACGCAAUCACAGAGCUUGAAAUCGAGCCAGUAAGUACAAUUGUAGAAUCAGUGGGCAGGGCUACCAACUACCAUCCUACCCUCAAAUUUGUAAAUUAUUUGACUUAAAAGCAUAUUCCGCCUGAAAAAAGAUAGUUUUUGACACGGUUUAUUCGAAUAAGUAGAGUAAGAAACGUACGAGGCGUCCCGAAAUAACCUUGGUUCGCGUCACCGCGUAUCUUAGGACAGAGUACAUACUAUACAUACACCAAAUUUAGUAUGCAUUUGAGUUAUUCUACUUGACUUUUGCUCGAAGGCAUUUUUAAUAUAAGUAGGAAUAAGGUAACUUGCCUUGAACUCUGCAGGAGCUUUUGAUCAAAACGUCUCAGACUGGGUCACAGUGUGCGUCGAUCGGGCAGCGCAAAGUCCGCUCAUCUCAUUAAAAUAUCACUCAAAAAGUAGGUUUAGUGGCAGAUCUAGGGGCAGUCUUCAUGCCUCGACAGCAAUUUGCGUCCAAAGUCAACACCAAGUGAUUUAAAAGCUCGGGACAAGGGACUGAUGCAUAGGAGGGGGAGAAGCGAGUGAGGCCGAUUCCGGAAAAUUCAGUUAUACAGCACUUCAGCAUAUUCUUCAGUGUAAGAAAUUGAGAAUAAUUUAUUUCAUCACGACGCGCUAAAUGGGGUUGGCCUGAAUAACUGCCAACUGACUGAGUAACUUGAUCUUCUCAGAAAAGAGAGUCAAGCUGGAUGGCGUCACCUGAAUAUGAUCCCUGUGGCAUUGCCACUCCUAUAGAGUCUGAGCAACCCUCUUUUAUGAAAUUCUGAUGCAUUUUUCAAAGACAGUUUCGUGCGUGGCACACUUAUACGGCCUGUUUGAUUUUGUCAAUCCCUGCGCCCGAGUCCACGCUCGGUCAUAUUGACGUUAUGUUAUCGCAGGGCCUGAGUAUAUGGCGAGGAACGAGUGAGGUAGACGCUGUGCAAGUCUGUUAUCACUGUAAACGAAAUUACGGGCCGUUCACGGGCCUGUGUCCAGAUUGCUGUGUUGUUCUCUGCAGACAUCGUCGCAUGCGAUGGCCGAACGUUUGAUUUAACUAUAACAUUCAUCCAUACGUAAAGAAAUUGUUACACAUCUGGUGAACGCCAGACAUAACGGGGUUUAUCAGACGCAAGCAAACAUGCCAGUAUUGAAUCAUACAUAAAAACGCUACAUCCUACCUACGAAACUUUCGUUCGCGCUGUUUUGGCCUCAUUGGAACGCUCACAGAAUUAAAAGUGGUGCCACAACGACUUGUGUCGAGGUCUCUCCAGACUGAUGAUAUUGAAGAAUUGUUUCAGGGUUUUGGGUAAUAUGAGUGUCUAGAGUGACAACUCUUAAGAGUUUAGUUAAUUGGCAGACUAAUUGGCCUUUAAUGAGGGUAUAAACCGCAUCAAAUUAAUGCGUCCAGACAUGGGGCUGGAUCCUUCUAACACCGAAAACGUGAUUUUUGAACACAAAUUUAUGAACAUCGUUGCUUAUAAAUUUUCACAGACGUCAACUGCUAAUAUGGAGUAAAUCAGUUAUUAAUAAGGUCCAUCGACGAAGACCGAAAUUUCAUGCAUGAAUAUGUGAGCCAAGAUCCAUCAGUCCUACUCUAAAAGCAGUAUUUUAUAAAUCUAAAAUCAGUCGGAAAAAUUGUCCUUCUUCACAGCCGCAAAAGAACAGGGGAUUAUGCAAAUCUAGCUUGGAGCUACUUCUUAAUUCCAUUCACCAUAAGGUGGGGCAAGUUAUUGAGUGUCCUGGUAGCCCAAAGACUCUAAUCAGGCGUUACUUUACAGUAUCUGAUUUACUUUUUGCGUCGAGUUUUAAUGAUGUCGUCAAGACAGGCUCUUUAUUUUUGUCUCAUUAUAUUUCUAGACAUUUCGCAAGGCCUGCGAGCAUGCUGUGAACAGCGAUGAAAUUUACGCUGCAUGCAAAGAACAACUAAAACACUGGGUGGUCCAAUGCGAGUAUACGGAACGGAAACGUAGAAGCAGCGCGUCCGAGGAAUCUGAUCCCUUCGAAGGAAUGGAGCCAGAAGAAGGUUCGCACAAUGCACCACUAAAAUGACAACGGGGACACUUUUUGCUCCUAGGGAUACUACUUGUUUAUAGGAGUAGACAUCAAUUCUGUCACUUGGACUGCAAAUUAAUACCGUUGUCGGACAAAGAUUGGUGAGGUUUGGUUCUGCAGCCCGACCUGAGUGAUACCAUAUGGUUGGCUUAUCAAAACAGUAUUAAUUAACAUACCUAACUUGGACACUCGCUGUAUUAGGAAAGGAAGGACAGUUCAAGCAGAUCUCGAAGUACGCGCAGGGCAGCGAGUGAACGUGGUAUGUACACACUCUCCCCGCGACACAGCCACUUGCUGGAUUAAGAGGAUAAGGAGGGCGCAAUCAGAACUGGAAGGCUACGGAAGGAACCGCGUGCUAAUUCGCAGUGCCUGACCACUGUAGUGGAAUCGACGGACCAAUUCCAUUAGCAAGGCUACUUGGUCACUCGCUGGUUUAGGAUAAUAAUGAGGACUCAAGCAGGGUUCGAAGCACGCGCAGGGAAGCGAGUGUAAACUGAUACCUGAAGUAACCGAGGCUGACGUAUAAACACUCAUCUCCCGUGACACAGUCACUUAGUGAAUUAAAAUUGUAGGUAGGAUGCAAAUGUGUGAUAUUUGAAAAGUUAGCGUAAUCGCAUCACUAAGGUUUCUUGAAAGCUAGCCAUAUGGUAUCAGUCAGGUGGGACUUCAGGACCAAACCUCUUCCAAUAAUUUAACUGCUGAUUUCUAGGCACUUUCUAUCCGUAUAAUUAUCAUUAGGGGCGCACACUUGUAGAAAGUACCGAGAAACAUUGUGAUCCAUUCUGAUGACUAACACUAGGAACAGGAACACUGCUUUAGGAUAACAGUGUUCAGAAAAAAUCGUUUAUCUUCCAGGUAAUGCAAACAAACAAUAAUUCUUUGGAUGUCAUGAUGAUAGGCACUAACCGCCAAAUCCAAGCGGUUAAAUAUUUAUGAGAAUCCGCUCCUGGUGGCAGAACAAGCAGGAAAUUGCGGGGCACGUUUGCGGUCGAAAAUGUAGAUAAGUGUAACAAUGCUUGGGUGUUCAGAAUCAACGUACAGUAGGUGGGCUAACUCAUUAAAUGUCAAUCGAAAUUCUGAAAUCCGUUUUUGCUUCGAAAAGUGUAAUUAAAUAGGGUUGUAAAACAAGUCAGCCGGCAGCAUAAUUCUACAAUAUUUCAGUCACCUCAGGAUGCCAGAUUUCGAGCGAACUUCCUUCCGGCUGCAAACAAAAACUACACUCUGCAAAAAUUGGUACUUAAUUAGCAUGAAUUUUUCUCAAUGAUUUUUGAUGCCCUAAAAGUCCAAUUAUAGUUCAUGGAAAACAUACAUAAAAACAUUCAUUCUUUUGCUCAUUCAGAAAACAUUCACGUCUUCUAGUUUUAUAUUCGAAGGAGGAAGAUAAUUCGGUAUUCAUAAAGUUUUUAAUCGCAUGAUUUUUAAAUACCGUGAAAUGGCCGUUCAUAAAACUUUUUGCCUCUGCAUUUACCAAUGUGGCUUGCAAAGUUAACAGUAUAGAUCAGGUUCAACGCUGAAUUUUAUGAACCCGAUAUGGUCCUCCUUGAUUAUCGUAGAGAAAUGUGUGGCUUUCCGUAGGCGGAAAACAUACGGCUUGUGGUUUGGAAACCCUGAAUGCAAAUGUGACGGCGGAGCGGGUUCAAAACUAUUCGAGAAUCGGAAAAGUUUUUGCAAGCCGAAUUAUCUCCCUCCUUCGAGUAUAAAACUAGAAGACGUGAAUUUCUACUGAAAGAGCAGAAGAGUGAAUAUUUUUAUGCACGUUUUCCGUGAAAUAUAAUUGGACAUUUGGGACAUCGAAAAUCAAUGAGAAGAAUUCAUGUUACUUAAGUAGUCAUUUUUUGCUUGCACCUGGCAUGAGGUUCAUUCGGAAGCCGGCAUCCUGUGGUAACUGAAAUAUUAUAGAAUUAUGCUGCAGGCUUAUUGGUUUUACAAUCCUAGAUAAUUACUCUUUUUGUAGCGAAAACUCAUUUCGGAAUUUCAGUUGACAUUUCAUGAGUUAGCCCACCUACUGUACAUCUAUUUUUGCAAGAGGCCGUGCGAGUUGAUAGCGACCGACAGUACAGAUCUAAUGUAGUGAUGAAAAAAAGGAGAUGUUAAUCUGCGACAUGUUUAGGUUUUCCAAAUGCACUUUGGGAACGGAACAUUUUUUCAUGCUACACAUACGCGACAUAUGACGAGAAUUUAAUGAGAGCAGAGGUGUAUUUCACUUUUUGGGUUUUUGCCCAUUUGAACUUAUCUGUUGACUAACGAUCAAUCUGCGCAUGUUUCUUGUCAUAUUGCCAUUUUGUGCCCUCGCAGAACCACUCGAUCCGUCCAUUAUUUUUGACUCUGCCUCCAGCAAGGAGAAAAUAAAGUCGUGGACAAGCAGCUGUUAUCAUCAACUCUGUCCACCCUUACGUGAUCUCGCGCUCGGAUUAGUUGAUCUUGUAAAGCGGUACCCUAGUGAUUUCAAGGAUGCCUUUUCCAAAGGCAAUGCCAGUGUGGCUUUCGGAAGCAUUCUAUUCGUCUACUUUGUCAUCUUCUCGCCAGCUAUCACCUUCGGCACUCUGAUGGGUUCGCACUAUUUAUCCUUAACUCUUUUUUGUUUAACGUUUCGUUUAACAAAAAUCCGCCAUUUUCUGCGUAACUUUAAAAAAUGCCAUAGAUAAAAUAGCAGAAUAGAGAGCCGCGAUAUAUUUUUGGGCUUCGCAAUGAGCAUUUAAAGCCAUUUUUAUUGCUUAAUUUUCGAGCACAUGUUUCAAGAUCUUGUCACGUCGUUGUAUUGUUCAAUAUAUGGUAGAUUGAAAUAACGAGAAAUGUGCUUGGCUUAACUGAUAAAAGUAUCACAGAAAUAGAACGUUCAGUAGGUCAACAUAUGUGCGGGCUAGCCAAUUACUACUAAUUUGGCAAUAUGUACUUAAAAUAAUGCAAAGUACCUUAUGAAAAAGCAUGAACUGUGCACCAUUAUCCCCACAAUUUCAGAAACUGCUUGUUUCCAAUACAUAUUUUUAGGACAACAAGUAGACCCUGCAUACACAGUAUCUAAUAGUAUCUUGACCAGCGGAAUCACGACGUUACUUCAUAGUCUCUUUGCGGGCCAACCAAUCGGUAUUAUUGGACCCUCGGGGCCAGGAUUCAUCAUGGAAAAAAUCAUUGCAAAAGUGAGUAGAGGCCUUUUAAUUUUGUGGGAAAACGUUUCCAUUAUUUGUGCCGAAUUUGAGAGCAAAACUUAGAAUGUGACAAUAUCUGUAAUUCGACUAUGCACGUAGACAAUGAAUUGAGAAUAUGUUCGCGCAACUAAGACAUCAAAACACUUUACGUGCAGUACUUCAUUAAAUUUGUCCUUUCUUGAUAAGCUAUUUCAUUUGCAGAAAAUGGACGUUGCCCUUGAUGAAUACCCUAGAAAAUUUUAAAAUUUAGAUGGCGAAUAUAAGACGGUUAGCGGGUAAUAUGUGGCAAACUCGUCGAGGGAAUAUAAGAAAGUAUUCUGAUUAUGCAAACUGAUCGCCACCCUGAACUUACAUCCCGAUAAACGUAAUGCUCGACAUCGGCGCUAGCUGAAAACAUGUCUUCCAAUUGGCGUCAGGAUGCAGACGUUUCAGGAAAUGGAAGGUUUUUUGAACAAAUGGGAGAAAAGUAUUUCCAACAGAUAUAAAUUUUUCUCACCUGAUGAAAUUCGGUCCCAGGAACCAGCUCUGAGACGUAUCCAUGAACAUCUUGAUACAUGUGCAUGUUCAGUUUUUGCUAUGGUUAUGAAACUGGAAAUGUGCAGUUCAGAGGAGUUCCAACAAGAAUUUCCGAAUUUUUGUCAAAAAAGUGACGUCUAGGCUGGGAAACUCAGGUCAUACAGUGCUUAUUCAACUCCAUUUAAAUGGUGCUUUUUAUUGCCUAUGGAAUUAUAUUUAUGGGCCUCAGAAAACAUUGCAUCGUCGGAGUUUAAAAUAGGGAGGGUUGCUGAGCGUUCGCACGGGUGUUCGUCUUGCCGGAUCGAAAUUCCAUCUCACGCAUUUCAAGACGUUGAACUCUGUAGUUUAUUUUUCGUUUUUGUUGUGUGGCACAAUUGCCCUUCUUUGCAGGCUGGUGACAUCGGUCAAACCCGACCUUGCCACCGUAGACGGAGAACACGUCACGCAGAACCUUGCGAUGACGCUUGGCUCCUCCCUUACCGAGUCCUUUACCACCUUUACCGCGACCAGACAUGACGAUGAAUACGCGUAUUCAUCGUCAUGUCUGGUCGCGGUAAAGGUGGUAAAGGACUCGGUAAAGGAGAACACGUCGCCUAGGAAUGUAUAUUUUUUUACAAAUCACAUGAAAGUAUUCUUUCUUGCAUUCAUUUGAAAAAAAAUUAUCAUUUCUUCAGUGUUAUAUUCAAAAAGGGUGUAUAUUCAGAUUUUGAAAGUCUUCCAAUCCCUGAAAGAUUUUAAUCACUAUCUGCAGCUGAUUUCGCGUUGUGGGUUUUCGGUACAGAAAUUGUGUACUUUCUACGUGAUCAAAGUCAUAUAUUUCUUUGCGUUACUAAGAGAUACCAUAGGGGACUCAGAAAUUUGCAAUAGUGGUGGUCUGGGUUGUGUACUUCUUGAGCAACAUUAGUAAACGUACAGAUAAAAUGCUAUUGAACGGACACUGCGCGGUCGUAAAAAACUCCUGACCAGAAAAUUAAUUUAAGACAAAAAUAUGUCCCUCCUCUGAGUGUGACUGUUCAGGAAAAUAUGGGUCGCUACCAAAAAAUUCAAAAACGAAUAUUUUACUGCGAGAUUUUUUGCAAAGCAUAGUUAAUCCCAUUAGAGCAUCGCAAAUAAAUGGAAAAGAUGAAUAUUACAUUGACAGUCAUUUGUUACCGAUUUCGUUUUCGCAGGCGGCUGAAAAUAAGUACAUUCAAAAGCCAGUAUCCUGUCUUGUAUGGCAUACCACGAGAUUCUGUCGUUUGUUAGUUAGUAUUACAACUCUUACGUAAGUAAUCCUUCCAAAUCGAGAACGCAUUGCGAAAUUUAGGCGGAAAUUUCAUGAAAUCAGUCACUAACUCUAUGUCUGAAAUAGAUUUUCAGAUGACGCCGCGUUUAAGGGGGCUAAGAGUUUGACUGGGCAGAGUAUUCAGCAAGCGGCGAGGUCGUGAACGACACUACAACCAGUGACUGUUGAGCAAGUAUUAUGCACUGGCAAAAACUACUGAUAAAUUUGCGGCGCUUAAACGCCAACUAACAGUCGAUUGCAUUUUUAGUCAUCGUCAUCUCAAUUUUUCCACUGAGUUUUGGCUUGAAGAGGACUUGCGAAGAAGCAUCCGCCACAAUACUUUUUCUUACUCACUGGAUGUCUGUCAGACAGACUGGGCACUAGACGCCUACGCUUUUUUAUUUAAAAAAGAGAAUUGCAUCGAUAAAACUUGGUAAGUGAUAGUUUGAACAAGUCAGACGUUUUCCACGCCACAAUCAUCCCAGUUAAUUAUUUAGUACAUGACGAGCUACAGCGGCAAGCUCCACAAUCAUUAGGUGGAAAUAUUAAAAGUCCUCGAAGUUGUACUUUAAAUGAUGAGUCAUGCACCACGAGUACAUUUUCGUGUCAAUCAGCUGAGUAUUUGUUUGCCGCUCUUGUUGGAACAUUACGAUGGCAGGUGUUUAAUCUUGCCUUCUACAGGAAGCUAAGGAAAUGAACAUGAAUUACUUCAUCUUUCGAGCAUGGGUUCUGAUUUACGCGAUUAUCAUGGGAUUUGUUCUGUUGUCGCUAAAUCUCUCCGGCCUGGCAAAACAUGCAAAAAAGUCGAUGGAAGAACUAUUUAGUGCAUUUAUCUCGGGCUUUCUCAUCAUCAAGGCCAUGUUUUCUUUAUUCAGGGUGAGUUGGACUACAUUAACCUCACCUGUUCAGAACCUCCAUGCAUUAACUUUGCAGUGAAUGCAAUUUUUUAUGUAUUUUCCCCCGUUUUGAUAAUACUUGAUUACGUGCAUUCUACUGUAAACCUGUUCAUAAGUAGAUUGUUAGUUCUCAUGGGGUUACUUUAGACCGUCUCGUUUAAUAAAACUUUGCUUACCAAGUUAGCUGUAAUGUGCUCAUUCGUGUCAUAUUUGACUGCGUUGAAAUGGUCUCUAGCAGUGUUUUUUGUUCACGUUAUCUCCGUUAACCAUGAACAAGCCAUCACGAAUAUAAAGUCAUGUAACACACACUGAUACCCUCAAAGGAAAGGCCUACUUAGGGUUGCUUUUCACAGGACCGGGUGUCGAUGGAUGAGACGAAAAUGUUUGCAGAUCGUUGACAGGACUACGUUCUGGUUAUUAUUUUCUACCUAUUAGCCCUGGUGACAACACAAAAUAAAGCAUUUCGCGAUGAUUCAUAAAAAUCGUGCAAAGACUCACUAGAAGUUGACGUCGCUUUCUAGCUUUUAGUUGGUAGUAGUUAAAUAUAUUGGGACCCACGUUGUAGUUGUGUGGUCACAUCUGGUUAUCAAUACGCCUGGAUGAAUGAUGCUCAGUCUUGUACUGAAGGUCAUGCCCUGCCACGCACAUACUGCCGGCAAUUACCAUGGGUUGCAUACCAGUGUCGCAACACUCCGUUACUGAUGCUAGUAUUAUUGCAGUUAGUUACCCAUACUGUAAGCGUUGGUAGAGUAGCAUUGGCAGCCGUGGUGGCGGUGGUGGCGGUGUUAGUAGUAGUAGUACUAAUAUUAGGAUUAUUAGUAGUAUUCGCCGUAUCAGUGGUGGUAGACGGGGGAAAAAAGUUUUCUUCAGUGUUGCGACACUGUAUUCCCGCCAGUGGUAGUAGUAUUAGUAGUAACAGCGGUAGUAGUGGUAGUAGUAGCAGUAGUGGUGGUAGUAGUAGUAUUAGUGGUAGUAGUAGUAGAAGUAGUAGUAGUAGUCCGCCCAUAAGACAGGCUGGUGGGGGAAUAGACAACUAUAAGUGUUGCGACACUGUAUUCCCGCCUUACCGUGUACGAAAAUUAUACAAAGUGGGUAUAGCGGCACACAUUGGGACCCUUUUUCCAACAGGACAGGCGGAUGGGUGCAGGACACACCUUCUGAGGCGGGUGUUUAAAGGCAAAGCGACGAGAAGUCAGAAUCGUCUCCACCAUCAGGAAGGACUUUGUAAAGCCUACCACAGGGUGUACCUGACCAUCUCCUGCACAUGAAACGCCACUCAGUAGGAAAGACUCCGUCAGCAAUAUCAGUGCCUACGUCCCCUCAACGACCAACACCGAGGAUAUGAGAAACAAUUUCUGCAAAGCCCACACACCCUCGUAACAACCAUAUCGAACGCGGACAGACUGGUUUUCGACUCGCGUCGGCACAGACCACGUUGUCCGGGAGAGAGUACUAGGUCUUCUCAAGAUCGGUCGACAGUUCGACCGUCGUACCCGGUGAUGUCUACCGUGCAGCAGACACGGUUACUUUCGCGUGAAGCAGUUGAUAGUGGGAGUACACUUGCGCAGCAUCCACUACACUCUCUCCUCCUCCCCUACCGUGGUCCGGUCUUAAAACAUAGUCGAAAAGACCGGAGGCGAUAGAUGACGCAUGUGGCCGUCACACCCGGACCCGCACACACCAGCACACUCCCUGGUUGAGGAUUCUAGCCAACAACGACAGCGCCAUAACGGGUCGGAAGGAGAGGGGGUGACUGGGCAGGCAUGCUCACGAUCUGAAUACCCAGCUGGAGCGCAAGCGCAUCUACUGGCAGGGAACGAGGUGCCCUAGAGGCGGCAGCGCACACCAGACUGCGAGGACCAUGGGUUGCUGAUCCUGACAUAGAAAAAGCUUACAAUCCUACAAUCAGUAAUUACAACAGCAACGACUUUCUCCGGUAGGUCAGUGCGGAACACAAUCUUUUCCCCGCCGACACCUUUCGUCUCCCAAUGCGCGAGAUGGCAAGUUUGGUGCACUCACAGCAUGCCAACUCCUGGCCUUUAUCCCAGUUCUUAGACAAGACUGGCGCCAAGUGCUCGCAACUGUGGUGAUGUACGGUGUUGACUGCUGGACGGAUCAUUGCAUUGCCAUCUCCUAGAUAUAAAUUCAGAGGCAAUCACGCGGGUGACCGUAAGGCAGGUAAGUUACAUACUGUAUUACCUGACACGGCUGAGCGCCGAGUGAAUGUAACAGCUGUAUGAACUCUAGCCUGGCAGAAAAGCAAACCCUGGAAGCAUAUAUAACUGUCAAAAGCCAGUAAAGGAAACUGCAGAAUAUUAUCCAGGCCGCUGCAAUAGGAGCCCUCGGACGCGCAUGCCGUCAACACCAGGAUUGUCUUAGUGACGGCGACGGAUAAAUUCACACUUUCAUAUCCGGAGCAACGCAGACUACACAUAUAACGUCAAAAUGUUGCAUACUGAUAGAAGUGAAUAGGCGAGUUCCAGGGCGCGGUUCAGAGUGCGGAUCGGGCCAGUCGACUUCUUUUUCCAGUGGUUGAAUCUCCUUCUCCCUCUUUGUCUUCCUUCCUCCCUCUUCUUCUAAAACCGCGUAUCCCAGAUGCCGACGGCUAGAAAGCAGAGGAUGAAGGAGAUGCAGAACGCCUGGCUACUCGCAAAGCAAUGCAAAUGCGGGUAUAUGUCAACCAAGGUGGGGUAAAUGUAUUCGCAUCCAUUAAAGUCGUCUGCUUCAUAUAAGUCAAAGGGCUGCUCCGCACUCGAACGGGGGGGGGGUGGAGAAACCUUGCUGAUGCGAAAAUCAAGGUUUAUGAGGCUUUAGAUCAUGCACUGCCAGGUCGUCCUCAGUUAUUUGUCAACAAUAUGCGAGCUAGCCAUUUACCGGCGAUUUAAAAUGGGCUCCAUCAGCGAUCUCGAUCGUCCGUCCUCCCUCUCUUUGAUAGAUCAGUGCAACAGGCAUCCAGUGGAAAUCGUAUCCGUAUUUGGCGCAACAAAGUCUGCAAGUACAGAGACCCAUAGCUGAGAGAAGAGCUUGCCUCAUUACUCUCUUAAAUGUGAAAACAAGGAUAAGUCACAAAAAAUUUCAAGGAUGCCAUCGUCCUGAAAUUUACAAACGUAAGAAGAGCCAGAAGAUAUUUGAUAACCACAAAGGCAUCUCUCUCCGAAACAUCGUAUAAACAAGCUACGUCGUGUUUUACUCAAUCGUUUGUGCACUCGUCUGGGCCAACGACCCCAUCCAGUGCCGAUUCCGUAAAGGCCGCAGCACAACACACGUGUCGUUCACGACCGGCCAAUCGCAGGAGAAGUUGCAGGAAAUGAAGAUCAGCUGCUACGCCACCUUCUUUUGACCGGAUGAAGGUCCUAGACACAGCGAAUCGCGUCGGGUGUUGUAAAAACAGGCUGAAAAGCGAAUACUAUGGUCACUUUACUCAAAUGAUAAGACUUAUUUACGACAGGAUAAUGACUCGCGCCAAGGACAACGGAACGCGUGUAUAAAGUACAAACGACGUGAUUCUCUAUCGAAUGAGUAAAAGAAAACAUUUUUUGUCCAUGUUUUUUAUGAAAUAUAUUUGAAUUUAUAAGACCAUCGAGAAUCAAUAUUAAAGAUUCAUGCUACUUUAGUAUCCAUUCUUUUCCGAGUAGAGUUUCUGCAUGAGGCCGAAAAAAAGUGCAUUUAAAAGUCAACAUCCUGCCGAGUUCGAAGUAUUAUAGGAUUACGCCGCAAGAUAAUCAGUAUUACCAAUCCCCUUCAGUAACCCUUCCCAAUCGAAAACGCUUUUCAGAAUUUCGGCCUACAUUUCAUGAGAUCGGUCACGCAUUGUAUUUACGACGGGAUGAUGGCUCGUACCAAGAACAAAAGGACAAUUUCUAAAGCAUUCGCGGCGGUCAUUGGGGUUAAGCACGGGCUGCGUACCUGCUCCAACCUUAUUCAGUCUCCCAGGAACCCACGGAAAUUACGAAACUGGUGGACAACCCUCUAACCUCUUUUACAUGAGAGAAUCUUUAAGCGUAUCCAGGGUCAAAGCCCACAACCUACUGUUCGUGGAUGACUGCGAGGUAAACACCAUAACGAAGGAAGUCGUGAAGCAGAGUGCGGAAUUUCUCGGCUCCGGAUGCCUUUGCUUUGGCCUGACAGUCAGCACAAAAAGACAGUGAUGCUGCACCAGCCGAUGCCAAGCGUUGGCUUCACCUAACCCUAUUUCGACGUCAGGGGAACUCCCAAACAGAAGUGGAUAAAGUUCUGUACCUUGGGUGUACGCCCUCAAGAAACAUCAGCAUCGCAGACGGAAUUUUAAGCCGGAUCCACAAAACCAGUCGAGCAUUCGGGUAGCUAAAGCACUCCGUCUGAUACUGUUGCGGAAUCCUGCUUAAUAUAAAAGAGAAGAUGUAGAGAGUCGUUGUCCUGGCGAAACAAAUGUACGGGACAGAGGCGUAAACUGUUUAUGAAGCCCGGGCGAAAAGCACACAACCACUUUUACCUCAACGGUCUCCAAAGAAAACUGAAUGUGAAAUGCCACGUAAGGGUCUCGAACGUUGAGAUCCUGCAAAGCUGAGGUUUAUACGACUGCGAUAGACAGGCCAUUUCAUGAGAACGGAUGACAAACGCCAGCCCAAGUGUCUGUGCUCCGCCGACUUAACUGCAGACUGUCAGAGACAAGAAGUAUAAUUUUGUCAGCCAGUGCGUCUACGUCCAUCUUCGGUCGCCUUGACACGCUCUGGCCAUCGAAGCCUAGUGGGCGAGAAAAAAGUGCGGUGAAUGUGAGCAGGUGUUUCUUACUAUGAACUAACUGAUGCGAAAGUCACCGGUCCUGGGCCGACUAUGCUGUAGGCUACACGAUGGGACGUCGUUGCUGGCGGCAGCCAAACUGUCAUGUGUUUAACCAACACCUUGGUCUAUCCUUCAAGCAAAUUAUGAUGACUUUAAAUAUCGUGGAGAUUUCAUAUUCAUCCUUUGCGUUGCAGCCAUAAAAGCUUAGUGGUCUUAGUAAAACCUAUUUUUUCAUUCCACAGUUUAUUCCACAAACGCUGCCUCCACUGAACACAACACUGGGCCAUUCGGGAGAAGCCGUUUGGCAUAAGGCAGCAGAAUCAGGCGUGGACGUAUUCAUUGCCCUACUAAUGGUCUGCUUUUCAAUGACAGUUGUAAGGUUUAAGGGAAGUCACUUGAUUCGACGCCGGGUAUGUAUGACUUCAAGUUGUUUAAUUUUACUGACCUAACCUUAAAAAAUACCAUAUCCGCACAGAUAAUAACUGCAAACUGAUGGGAUGCACGAUGCUAAAAAGGGUAUCGGAGAUGAAACUCGCCCACUUAAAACAUACUCAAGAUUGACAAUUGCCUAAAAAUUAUUUAUUUGGCAAACACGACCUUAUUGGGCAAUUACGCACUCCCUACCUUCUCUUGUAAACAUUAACAAGCCAGAAUCGCUUAAAAAGACGUUUUGCUGCGCAUGAAGGCCCAUUAUUUGAUUCUGCAAAAUAUAGUUCAGAUUCUUCUUGCAAAAAUUGCUGUUUGUUUCUCAAAUACCACACAUGACAGCAAAUUCUUCGGUCUUUGUGGCAGUAAGCACAGACGUUAUAGUAGCUCACUGUCCAGAGUAGCAAUCGCCAUCGCUAGCCCCGCCAGGAUACAUCACGCUGAGGUUCUGACUGUGCAUCCGUAAUCUUGAAACCUCAGGCAAUAACAUAACAAACUUUAUUCACUAAAAGUACGAAGUAUUAGCUCAUGUAAGUAGUUAAGCACGACAUGCACCAAAUCUCAUGGUAUUUUGGAUGAAAUGGUUCCAUGAACUGACUGCUAUUGGCGAUUGUCAAAAUGUAGCUGUAAGUCAGAUAAAUUUGGAACAUAAUUGCACAUUGGUUGGUGUCCGAUGGAACACAGGUCAAAGGCCUUCAUUAUGUUCGUUUGUACCGCACAAUGAGGUCCAGCCAAGUAACGAACACUGUUCUGCUUUUUUCGAAGUUCAAAGGUGGUCAUGAAUUUUUAUUUAUCUCGUAAUCAAGUUGAACAAAUUGCUUCAGCGUUGGCAAUGCUGGGUAAAGGGCACUGCGUUUAAAAGCCUUGGUUGGUGACUAAUUUUGACACACAGUCGAUGUUUAGCAUGCUCAUAUGACUUUAAAGCGCAUAAUCAUAAUCAUCAUCAUCAUCAUCAUCAUCAUCAUCAUCAUCAUCAUCAUCAUCAUCAUCAUCAUCAUCAUCAUCAUCAUCAUCAUCAUCAUCAUCAUCAUCAUCAUCAUCAUCAUCAUCAUCAUCAUCAUCAUCAUCUGUAUUUUGUAAAAUAAGUUUCAGAAUUUUCCCAACGAUACGCAAUUAACUAGGCAAAAACACAAGUGACUCAGGCUUGAAGAAGUACUAGAGCCUUAUAGGUGUAAGUUUUCGAAAUCCACGUUCGUAGAAAAGAUUACCUGCGAAACGUCUAGCUGACAAGCUUUUUCAGGUUGCAUAAUGUCUGUUGAACGUUAAAAGAAAAGGACUUACCUAUCACCAGAGCGGCAGUGGAAAAUAAAAGAACUGUUAACACUUUCAAAAAAAUUCCGGCUAGAUUGCAGUUGGUAGCCAGGCCCUGUAUUAGAGGUGGCUGGGGGGGGGUUGUUUACUGGGCCUAUUUUGUGGGGUCCCGUAAGCACAUCUGACCUAUUUGGCUUCCGUUUUACGCUUGAGGAUAGGAUUAGGUUACCGGUUAGUGGUUUUCGAUUUUCGGGUUAGGGUUACGCAUUUAGGCUUAGGUUUUCGAGUUACGGUUAGGGUUUGAGCGUAUGAUUAGGUUUCAGUAUUACGGUUAGGUUUUUCAGUUACGGCUAUGUCUAAGGGCUACGGUUACGUUUACGAUUUCGGUUAAGGUCAGGGUUAGGGUUGCCGUUAGGGUUAACGGUUAACGUUUCAUGUUGGAGUUAGGGUUAGGUUUAAGGCUAGGAUUAGGGUUAAGGUCGCCACCCGCUUCCUCAUUCCUGGCUACCAACUGCGAUCUAACCAAAAUUCCUAUGCGCAUUGAGUUUUCAGUUGACAUCCUCGUGAGUGCGCAGAGCACAUCCGCCAAGAAAUAUAUUAAGUCGAAAAACCCCAUGUUUGUGCGCGUACCAUUCCAUGUGCCAGUUAGUAAGUACCGAUCAUGGCCUGACAAAUGGAAUGAUUUCCGGCUUGUUUUCAGUCGCGGUACAGUGAUAACGAACUCACAGGUCGUGAAUAAACGGGCAUAUUACUUAUGAGAUGAUCACUUUGCCAGCCGGUAGUGAGUUGAUGCCCGACCAGCUUAACAGGCACUCUGGCUUGCAGGCGUGUAGUUGAUAUGUUGCCUGGUAAGGAAGGAUAAUAACUUUAAAUGUGCCCUUUCUGUCUGCGGUAUCAUUGGCAACAUUCGAUGACUAAUGAUUAGUGGUUGCUAUGUGAUCGUUCGGUGGUGAAAAAGGGGUUUGAAUGUUUAGUCUGUCUUGAUUUAUGAAGGUCGGUCGCACGCAUUUUCGAAGACGCACUAUCGAAAAUUUGUUUGAAUGCAUCUUCCAAAUUUUAGAAUUUGCGUAAGUGGUGCUAGCCAUCGAAAAACUUUUAAAGGGUCUGUUUUAAUAAGAGGAAAGAUUGACCCGAAAGUUUUUGAUUAAUAUUCAAAAUUUCCAGAACUUGUUUGCUAGAAGUUGGCCUUGAAGUUACAUUCCUAGUUUAAUGGACAUCCCCAUCCACUGAGUGCGCUUUUUAAAAGCAGAUCUUGGCGAAGGCAGUUUUUCCGAUAAUUACUGCAUGGUCUGACGAGGAUCUGCCUCAGUGGUUGCGCACUAAAGGUCAUUAUCCCGUUCCAGUGGUCUUAUUGGGCGAAAGGAAUAGGAGUGUUUGAAAUCGCCAGUACGCAGUUUCCCAAACAAACGAUGACACUUUCGGAGGCCUAGAGCAUUUAAAACACUUUAGAUUAUUUUGGUAGAGGUUUUUGCGUUGUCUCCUUCGUAAAAUGCGCACGGCAUGCAAUGAGGAGCAUGACUGUAUUCGGAUCAUAUGCCUCCCUUUUUGUUGGGGACUAUUAAAAAACAGCAUUUAUACGAGAUUUGCAGAGCACAUCGUUCAAAUAAGGCAGGCAUAAACAGUUAAUAACUAUCAAAUUAAGACCUCUAAAACUCUGAGACCUUGUAUAUACUGCGGUGCCUACAAUACGGGUCACGAAGUAGAUGCGUUGGACUAACACGGGGGUCAUAUCCGAUUCUGACAGGCGCAACCUAACAAAUGACAACAUUCGAGGUGGGGUGUGGUGGCUGCCCAGUGGUCGGCUCACGUCGUACGCACCGGAAUCUCUGUUGCAUUCCCACUUUGUUGUUGGUUAAAAUCCUGGUCAGGCUAAUAAAGCUCUUGUCCCACCGAUCGUGUCUCCUUCUUCAAGACUACUUCCUGGGACUCGUUUCUUCGCUUCUAUUGGCAAAAUGCUGGUCACUUGUUAUGUGGAGCGUCAAGGUGCGGACUCGGCCGUGCCAUCCACCUGCGUCCUCCCCGCCUCCGCCUUUUUGACUCUGUCUUGACACCGGGUGCAGGUGGGGAAGGCGAAGGGAGUGCGAUAGAAGCAUCGCAAGUCGAAAUCCACCAUAAAGUAAAUCACGAGCAAGGUACCGUGCCCGCUUCACCUUACUUGGAGUACACGGUUGACAUCGUCGGCAACGACGGUCGAACUGUCGCGUAUACUGCGACGCUCAAAUAUGCUCCUAAAAUGAAGAAAAUCCGAAAUAGUAGGAAUAUUUUCGGAUAUUUUUGUGACACUUCCAAAAUAGGAAAGCUCACAUACCCUCUAAAGAUAACAGAAUAUAUUGGUUUAGUUUAAUUCGGCUAGAAAAUAAAUGGGUACUCAUGAAGUAAACUCAAAUGUAUUUGUGAUGUAACACAGCUGACAAAAAAAUGUUGAAUGUUUUUAGGUUUCAAAAGAGUGUGCAUUUGCCAAUUUAACCGGAUAAGAAAGAAGAAAGUCUGCAUUGUAGUGGACUACACCAUUAAAGAUUCGCGUAUCUCUUUCUCCUGCGACAGUGUUGGAGUACGAGUUUAUACAAUAAAUGUAGGGCAUUUGAUGAACAAACUCGACAACCUUUUUUCUACAAUUCAGAUUUGUCGUCGCACUUGUGCUUUUACAACUCCAAAUGAUUUUCGAUCUCCAGGUCAACUGUUAUGCAUGACAUUUUUUCGCAACUGCUCUAAAUAAAGCUUGCCCGAAAACGAAUUUGGCAUUUUCAAUCAUACACAUAAGGUGAUGACCAUCGUGAAGCUUCUAAAAGAAAGUGUUCCAAAGUCACUUUAACUUCUGCAUAUCCUUCGUUCACAAGUUAACCAGCAGACACACUUCUUCCUCUUCAAAGGUAAGAUUUUGGGUAGGUGCUAUGAACGUUCCGCUUGGGAUGAUUGCAAUGUCGGCCGUGAACCGCAUAUUCUUCUGGGCUUAUGAAAUUUCCAGGUUGCGCAUUCCACCCGCGAAUCACCUCAAUUACUCCUCCUGGUUUAAUGUGCCCAACUUUUCUCAGAUGACUAACUACGGCACAGUCUCAGCUUCUUACGCUCAGGGGCGCGCGGCUAUCUUCGGACUCAUUCUCGGUUUCCUCAUCUUUGUCGAGAUUGCACUGAACGGGUAGGUUUGUACACAUACGCACAAGAUGCUUAAUGAUGUACAGGUAUCAAAAGCAGAAUAACUUUAUCUUAGAGGACAACUGGGAGCAUGAUUGCCUUAGGUAAUUGCGACGGAGGUCGAUGGGAAAAUAUCAAAUAUAUUAGCCUCAGAAGCCUCCGUUGUAUACAAAGAACACGAAUAUGUAGACACACGGCUUGACGAUUCAUCUUCAUUGGAACUACCCAGCUUCGAACAAUAUUGUCUCUGAAGUUUUGAACUAUUUUCUAGCAGUCUUUUUGCAAGGCACAAGGACAAAAUUUUUGAAAAAAUACCUUUAAAAAUAAUGCACAAGUCAGGUAACGAGAAGAUUCGCAUUAGACAAAGGAACUAACCUUCCUCUUUCCUCUGGUGAGGUUGUACCUGCUUGAGUGUUCGUAAGGUUUGAUUCCUGUGCCACUUUCAGUAUUGUACCCCUGCGUGGAAUGUCAAAGAAACCAAGUCCGAUCGUUGUCGAUCAUGUGCUUGCCAAUAUCGUUUAUCCAAUAUUGGCUCUUUUCCUUGGACUGCCAAUUAUGUCCGGAGUGCCAAUACGCACGAUCGCAAAUAUGGUCGCUUUGGCUAAGAUGGAACCGCAUCCAGCUCCAGGAAGACCGCCAAAGUUAGUGGAAAACUGUAGAGUAUUUAGAAAAUGCAUAUUUUGUCUGGUUGUUUCAAAGACCGACGACCAAAUUCCACUUGAUGACACGGUUAUCUAAUGAGAGUGCCAAAAGGGUGUUUAGGAGAAAGAAACAAUUUCAUGAUAACUACCUAAAAGUAUGGUUUACAAUAACGCUUUCGAGGGAAGAAUGGUCUUUGCAUUUUUUUGUGAACCGUAAAUUAGAUUUUUGUAAACUGAAGUAAGUUCGGAUUGUAAUAGGAAUUGCAAAGACUUCUUCUAUAAUUUAAAGUGAUCGGCAACAUAUUAUCAAUUUUCAUCGCAGAUAUGUUGGGCCAAACGACUACUACGUGAAUUUAUGCUACGUACAAUUUUUAAAAUUAUCGAUUUAAAAUUUAUGUGUUGCAGUGUUGACAGCUAAUAGUUUUCUAGGACGAAAAGUGUUUUUUACCCUUGGAUACAAAGAAAUAAAGGCUAGAUCGCAGUUAGUAGCCAGGCCCCCUAUUACAGGUGGUUGGGGGUUUGUUUACUGGGGCUUUUUUGCGGGCCUACAUAAUCACAUCUGACCCAUUUGGCUUCCGUUUUACGUUAGGUUAAGAUUAGGGUACCAGUUAAUGGUUAUGCCCUUUAGGCUUAGGUUUUCAGGUUACGGUUAGAGUUAGAGUUGACGAUUAGGUUUCAGUAUUACGGUUAGGUUUUACAGUUAGGUUUAUGUCUAAGGGCCACGUUUACGUUUACGAUUUCGGUUAGGAUUAGGAUUAGGGUUAAGUCUGCCGUUAGGGUUAACGGUUAACGUUUAAGGUUAAGGUUAGGGUUAGGGUUGAGGUCGCCCUCCGCUUCCCCAUUCAUGGCUACCAACUACGAUCUAGCCGCGAUACCUUUGACAAUGCAACGCUCCCCGAAUUCGACCCUGCCUUAUAGACGGCGUCUGGGUGACUAGUUGAAGUUUUGAGGUGGAUGCAGUGAGAACUGUCCUCCCCCCGGGGGGAAGCACCUUUCAGCCUACCAACUGUCUCGCGUGAUUUCGUGGGUCCAUCCGUGACCGAAAACAAUUGAGGGCGACCUUUUGUGAUACGGUUCUCCUGUGGUUGCGACAUCCUGAAGGUGAAGCAAGAGACUAUGGUCUUCUCUCUCGUACUACAGGUUGACUUACAAUAACCUUUAAGGGAAUUCGGGUUGUUACUAGGGUUCAAGUUAGGACACCAUCACACACCUUCCUCCACCAACACCUGCAUCACACAACAUCAUCACUCCUACCAGCAGCAUCCAAUUGCCACCUCCCAGGCAAGUGGGAAGUGUGCGUCUCGGUUCCGUCUCCAUGCGGCUCCUUUGUCGCAUGUGUAACUCGAGUCUGGACUAUCACGGUGCGUCAUGCGCCGCGACUUAGAAGGCUGCUGACUGACGCCCCAACGCGGUGCACGCAGUCCGUUCAGUUGUUUGUACGGAGUGGCGGACUGGUGGGCUGAGAGCCAGGCUGAAAGGGCUCCUUCCUAACGUGACUUCCGGCACUCUCACGCAUGUAAGAUGUACGCCGCUCAACGCCCAUUGUAUAAAAUCCUGGUGCUUGUGUUUGGGGGGCCAGGUCGUGCAUGUGGCGCGCGCAGCCAAGGUCACUAGAUAUGUCAGCCACCGCGCCCAUUCCCUGCACCAGUCAACUGGUCGACUCAGAAAGUGGCUGGGGCCUGGGGAUGGGAAGGGAGAGUGAGGUCAACGAAUCAGGCGCAGUUUCCUCACUAUAAACAAUCUGACGUGCUUGACGCUAUCACGGUGCGUUAAAAGCUGUGGCUUGGAGAGUUGCCAACUGGCGGGAUAACUUGGAUCUCGCAGUCGGCCCAGUGAUGUAUGGAGUGGUUGACUGAUGGUCCGAGACCUGGUCUGCAAUGGCUCCUUAUUAGUGUGGCCUUUAUGGCGCCCGCACUCCGAGGAGCGGGGUGUGACGGCAUGCCUAGAUGCGGCUUCGACCGCGCCGGUUUCCCCAAUUGUUUCUGUUGGUUAAAAAACCUGGCCAUUUGCUGUGUGGACCAGGGGGUGCGGAGCGGGGCGCCAAGGUGCGGGCUAGACUGUGCCAUCCACCUGAACUCUCCCCGCAUCCAGUCUUCUUGACUAUGUCUUGACACCGAAUCCAGGGGGGGGAGAAGAGAGUGCGGUAGAUGCAGCGCAAGUCAACUAUCACUAUAAACUAAUUCACGCGCAAGUCACCGUCUCUGCUCCACCUUGCUCUGGGGCACACAGUAGACAUCGUCUGAAAAGACGGUCGAACUGCCACAGGUGACCUUGCAUUAACUUUCACGGGGGCUCGGGUUAUUGGUAGGGUUCAAGUUAGGACACUGGAAUAGAUACCCCAACAGUGCUUGGCUAGAUCGCAGUUAUGGUUAUGGUUUGAGCGUGCGAAUAGGCGCCAGUAUUACGGUUAGGCUUCUCAGUUACGGCUAUGUCUAAGGGCUACGGUUGCGUUUCCGAUUUCGGCUAGGGUCAGGGUUAGGGUUGCCGUUAGCGUUAACGGUAACGGUUGAGGUUAGGGUUAGAGUUAAGGUUAGGACAAGGGUUAAGGUCGCCCUCCGCUUCCCCUUUCUAGGCUACCAACUGCGAUUUAGCCGAAAUAAAUUUAGAAUGAGCACAAUGCAAAAACGGGUGCCUUGGAGAAAUGUCAACGAAUUGUCAGAACUUCAAGCAGUAAAUAUGCCAUUAAAACUUAUUACUGUCAGACAAUGUAAGUCAGCGGCAUCUUCCUGUCAAAAGUUACAUUCAAAUCCAGAUCUAGAUAAUAUGUAUAAUGACGUUGCACUUGGUAAAAAUCACUUGCACGCUACGUUUUAUUAGUAAUGCUAAUCGCUGAGAGGAAACUGUGAGGAUAUAUACAGUUAAGCACCUUAUGGAGUGUAAAAUGCCAUAAUAUACUAUUUUUAUAAACGAAUACUUUUAUAACGUUGAACAUAUUACGUUUGUCGCAGAAUUCUUGGCCAUGCAGAUCUGACCGAUGCACAUCAAUAUUUAUUUUCAGGGUUCUCUAUCUUGUUGAAACACGGGUGAACACCGCAAUUGUCGGCGUACUGAUUAUCAUCUCCGUCUUCCUUGGUAACAUCCUUCAAUACAUUCCUGUGGCUGCCUUGCUGGGCUUGUUCCUGUUCCUGGGAAUAUUCGGAAUGAAAGGCCUUCGUUUCCGAAAACUAAUCACAGCCACAUUCAGCAGAAGAAAGUACUGGUGCGAAUGGAAUGUGCUUGACGGCAUGCCACGACCACAAGUCAUUGUCUUCACUGGGAUUUGGGUAGCAGAGCUGAUGCUUCUGUAUACCCUUCUAAUUCUCGGAGAGUAUGAAACCCUCAUGAUGGCCUCAACUGCAAUACCAUUCUUCCUAGUAUUCUGCGCGGUCCUUCGAAAUUUUAUAUUGCCCCGAUGGAAAUGGAUGGCGCCUUACCUAGAAAAAGUAUGCAAUAUAAACUUUUAAUGUUAAAAACAUAUGCUAGGGUAAUAAAGGAAACUUAAGCUCCGUCCCAUUAAAAACACGUUAAGCAUACGACUUCAGAUAAGUAAGAAAAAACGCGUAGGCGGAUCUGUUGGAUAAAAUCUCACAUUUCAAUCCCACCAAACGCGGGCUAUCAGUAGUUUCAUGCAACAGUGGAUGCAUUUAACACGAUAUGCAACUCUUAAGAAGUGCCAAUAUGAUGAACUACAUCACUAGACAACUAAGGCUACAAGAAUAGAGCAAGCGCGUCAAUUCCAUUUCCACUAACAUCUUUUGUCCAGUUCAGUUGGACGAACCACUUUUUUAAAACUGGAUCGGGAGUUAAUGUUUCCGGGCGUGUUGUUGCGUUGUAAACUCUACCAAAUAAGAAAAAUUGCAAUAUAACAGACUCAGGCAUGUAUCCUUAAUAAAAUGAAGUUGUUGCAUGAGGAACCGAUCUCGGACGUCUGAAACGCAUCGGCGACGCAUAUUCAAACUUGCACAGCGCAACUGUUAUCAGUUAUUCUGAGUUUAUAUCUUUACAAAAAACACAAUAAAUGUUCACUAAAAAAAUUUAAAAACGUCUCUAGCAGAUCCAAUAGAUUUCUCAGCCUCGAAAAUGCUCCUUAUGUAACGGCGCCUACGAAUAAGGGGUGAGAUGCGAUUAUAUAGCCCUGCCUGACGGAUAAAAUACUGUUGGGGUUGGGAUUAGGGGUUAGAGUUAGGGAUUAGAGCAGCUGCUUCUCAACCACCCAAAGUACAACCGCGUAUUCCCAAUAGUUUUUCUUUUACAUACAAUUACUUGACCUUGUCGCCUGUGCGUUCCCUGGUCCCACCUGUAACACCCCUAUUACCACCGGCCCCGUAUUACAGGUGGCUGGGGUUUGUUUACUUCCGGUAGGGCUACAUAACAACAUCUGACCGAGUAACGAGUACAUUGUCCAAAUGACCUAUUUAAGUUUUCCAACUUCAUAGGUCAAGUAAAAUUUCAUUUUUAGAUCGAUCCUCCAUGCGUACCAGACAUCAAGACGAAAACGGCGUAA